AUGUCCAAUACCAGCUUCCACGACAAGCCUGCUCUUUACUCUUUUCUCAUAACUGUCUCGAUCGACUCCGCGUCUGUUCAUGGAGCGCUUCUCCAAUACCCCAACUUAUUGCUUGUGCCGUCUCCACUUACACAUCCACUGACGACUCCAACGUCGCGGGUCGCUCGUCUCUGCCGGCCGUCAGCGAGCCAAUCACGUAUCUCUAACUCCACGACAGCCGCGACGGCCGCGACAACGGACCCAGGGUCAGCAUGGCGUGCUGGCGCUAGUGACAACAGACAAAGCCGUAAUCAACGACCCUGGGGCGACAUCCACGAACCGCGAGUCUUCCACGCCCUCCUUUUGGGACAACGUUCGAACGGCAACCGCAUGCAGAGGAACGUGUUGAGGAUGCGGACAGCCCUGCAGACGACAAACGAGCCACCCUUGCACGAGGCACCCCUGUCCGGCACCGACGAGGUCUCGACGCACACGCCACAUCUCGUGUCGAUGUUGUGA